AUGAAAGUCGAGAAGCAAAAAGUCGUCAACUGCCUCGUCUUGACGCUCCAGGAAGCCAGCCAAUCUGCGAUUUGCCGACGAGCCACGCCGCCGCCGGCCCAGCAAUGGGCGCUGGCCCGCAGCAACCUCUCGCCCGCCGCGAACCUCGCGCUUGGCGGCGCGUCAGAUGCGAUAGGCCUAGAUCAUGUCGACCUCGCGGCGUCGGCUGCAAAGGCGCCCAAGGACAAUGAGAAGGUGCCGCCGGUGCCUAUUUCACACUGCGCCGGGUCUCACGGAUGCGAGGCCAAGCUCUACGCCGCUUCGCGCCUUGACCGUGUAGGCGUGCAGUGGGCUCUUAUGUUGCUCUCGUGUUUCGGCAACGGCAAAGCUCUCGUCUUGAGCAACCUCAACUAG